AUGGAGAGCUCCGGAGAGGACGAGGCGGCGGCGGGGGAACCGGAUUGGCUGCUCCCGGCGCCCCACGGCAGACUUGGGAGAGGCUCGACUGGUCAUGGCAAAGUGAUGUCGUCUGUAAGCUCCCUGCACCGAGUUGUCGUGCAUUUGGACCUAGACUGUUAUUAUGCGCAGGUUGAAAUGAUCUGCAAUCCUGAAUUAAGAGGCAAACCUUUAGGUGUGCAGCAGAAAAGCUAUGUCAUCACCUGUAAUUAUGAAGCCAGGGGUGUCAGCGUCAAGAAACUCAUGUCUCUCAAAGAAGCCAAAAAAAAGUGCCCAGAACUGGUGUUAGUUAAUGGAGAAGACUUGACCAAAUACAGGGAAAUGUCUUACAAAGUUACAGCACUGUUGGAAGAGUUUACUCCACUGGUGGAAAGGCUUGGACCUGAUGAAAACUUUGUGGACGUCACUGAGAUGGUAGAGAAGAGGCUGGAAGAGUGGGGAAAGGAUGCUACUUCUCAGAUCUCUAUCUCUGGUCACAUAUAUAAUAAUCAGGCUUUCAAUUUCCAUGAUUCGGCACAUAGAAGGUUGGCAGCUGGAUCUCACAUAGCAGCGGAGAUGAGAGAGGCCGUGCGCACCAGGCUGGGCCUGACGGGUUGCGCAGGAGUCGCUUCUAACAAACUCCUGUCCAAGAUGGUGUGUGGGACCUUUAAACCAAAUCAGCAAACUGUUCUGUUACCCGAGAGCCAGCAGGACUUGAUGGCCAGCCUAGACCACAUAACGAAAGUGCCUGGUAUUGGGUUUAAAACCGCACAACGUCUUGCAGUGCUGGGACUUUUCACCAUUUGGGAUCUCCAGAGGUGUUCAUCUGCAGUGUUAGAGAGAGAGCUGGGAGUUUCGGCUGCACGGCAUCUGCAGAAACUGAGUUACGGAGAAGAUGACUCUCCGGUUACUCCAUCGAGGCCUCCUCAGUCUUUUAGUGAUGAAGAUUCCUUUAAAAAGUGCUCUUCUGAAGCAGAAGUUAAGAAGAAAGUUGGAGAGCUGAUUGCUAAUCUUUUGGACAGAGUAUACAAGGAUGGAAGAAAGCCACAUACAAUAAGAUUAUCUCUUCGUAAAUUUUCUCCAACCAAUAAAUGGCUUAGUCGGGAGAGCCGCCAAUGUCCAAUUCCAUCUCAUGUGGUCCAAAGGAUUGGAGCAGAUGACUCCAGCGUCCAGACUCAGCUGGUAGCCAUAGCUAUGAAACUGUUUCAUAAGAUGAUAAAUGUGAAAGCUUCGUUUCACAUAACCCUUCUGAGCGUCUGCUUCUCCAACCUGAAAUCCUCUCUUGCUUCCACCAAGCAGUCAAUUGGAUUUUAUUUGACUCGGCCAUCUCCUUCAAAGGGCAGCAAACUGGUUCAGAAAAUGGAAGACACAGAAAGUGUAACUCCAGAAGGUCAAAUGGGGAGCUGUGAAAUCUUGCCAGAUGACAGAAACACAAGGGUAACACAAAUGCCACCGGAAACCCCAAACCUCCCAGAACAAACCAGAGAUCUUGAAUUCCCAAGUCACUUGCUUCCCGCUGGCAUCGACUACGAUGUGUUUAAUCAGCUUCCGAGGGAAAUUAAAGAAGAAAUAAUUUCUAGCCAAAAGGGGGAAAGAAAUACCGCAGCAAGUGUUUCGAGUAACCCAUCGUUUGCCUCAAGGGAAGAGCGGUCGGACAAGGCGCAAGACCAAAUGAGCCAUGCUCCUCUGCAUUCUAGAAGCACCCAUCAAAACAUGAGCUCUUUGGCAUCCUCUGAUAUUAAAUCCCCCAUUGAGGCAUCACCAACUGCUGCACUUGGGUCUGUUUGCAGGUGUCUUCUUCCAUCACAGAGACCUCUUGAGGCUGCUGAAAAUGCAUCGGCAAGCAAGCAUGCAAUGCAUACGGCUUUUAAAAACUCAUCUCCGUCUCGGCCUCCAUUUCACCAAGCCUGUGUUCUGGAGCCACAGAAACAAACCGAUGGAGGACCCCAAAAGGGAGGUUGGAAAGGAGAGUCAAAAUGCAACCUCCCUUCUAGUGUUGAUGCCAAAACAUUUUCUGAGUUACCUACAGAGAUACAAAAGGAACUAUUGGUGGAAUGGGAGAGCCGGGAACCGGUUUCCAAAAUGCAUGCUACGACUCCCAACAAACUGAAGACAAAAAAACCAGGAGGCCUGCCUUCGCCCCGGCAGUCCAACAGUUUAUUAAGAUAUUUUAAACCGACCUGAUUAUUUUGUAUGCUUGGCACAGUAGUUGGUGAUGGAAAUUUGGUUUGAAUAGGACUGUGGCAAAGUAAGAGGUGCAAAGCUAAUCCGUGCGUUUAGCCACUUGUAUGGCUGAGUUAUUCUGGAACGAUAAUGUUAUGCUUGUGGUUUGCCAGAUCUCAUAAGGACUGACAGCCCUAAAGGAAAGACAUUUUCUCUUAAUAAGGGGAGAAGAUGCUAAAUAACUUCGGCAGGAUGUACAGUGAGGUCUUUAGGUCCCUAUCUCCUUGGACUCAAAUAUUUAUCUCAUUCUUGUCAUAUUUUUCAUCAUAAGAAAUACGAUAAGAAAGUGUAUAAUUAGAAAAAUUAGACAUACUGGCAGUAUGCAUACACCAGACUAGAUGGGGAUGGUAGCAAAACACUCCCUGCACAUAGAAAGCUAGCAUAUAAAUGUGAAGUUAGGCUAGAACUUUGCAAUGUACCAUUUUUUCUGAAUGGCAAGGUUUUUUUUAAAAAAAAUUGUUAACAUAAGAGUGUGUGCAAAAUUGCAACCCAUCUCCACCUACAGUUUGAAACAGAAGCGUUCCAAAGAACUCUGAUUUUCAAACACCCCCCCCCCCAUCUUAUAGGUCAGCCCUACAAAGUGGGGAACAAUGGUUAAGAAACCACCUCAACAAUAAUUUUUAGCUGUAGAUUCUCUGGCACUGUCUGUGUGUCUCUGUGUGUGUGUGUGUGUCUCUGUGUGUGUCUGUGUGUGUGGGGGGGGGGGAACGCUCAAGGUUUUGAAUCCUGUCCUUAAAAUGUGAACUGCACAAAUAAACCGUGUGUUAUUACAACAGAAAUACCUCCCUACAUUAAAAGCUUGUAAAUUUCUAUGGCAA